AUGUUGGACAGCAGUCACGCGGAGCCGCUGCUGGUUGAUACAUUUCCGAAUUCCGAUGGUCCGCCAGCUGCUACUCUUUCAUCGCCUGGCCAUCCUCAAAGUCCUCAGAUUUCAUCGUCGAAGCUAAUUGCGCGGUCAUUGAUGUCGUCACAACAGCCAAAAGAGUCGGAUUGGUUCCAGCAUAUCGUAAGUUUAUUAAUUUCUUGUGCUUUCCUUAUUAUGCUGCGCCUCCGGAAACAGACAUUUAUUUCAUUAGGUUGCAUCUUAAAUUGGGAUGGCCUGAAUUAUGAUUCUGAGCGGGAAUGCCUUAGUUACAGUUUGUUUUUGGAAAAUUUGAGUUGUUAG